CCAUUAAUGGUUAGAGCCUCAGCAAUCAUUGCCAGAUUAAUGAAUGACAUUGCUGGACACGAGGUUGAGCAACAAAGAGGGGAUGUAGAUUCAACCGUGGAAUGCUAUAUGAAACAAUAUGGAAAGUCUGAAGAAGAGACCGUCAAAGAACUUCAAGAACAAAUCACCAACGCGUGGAAGGAUAUUAAACAAGAAUGUCUCGAACCUAAUUUUGUCCCAAUGCCUAUACUCAUCCAAAUUGCCAACUUGGCAAAAGUAAUUGAUUUGCUUUAUAAAUAUGGGGAUAUAUAUACGCAUUCCACAACCGAGCUCAAAGUCGUCAUUACCUCUCUAUUGAUUGAUCCGGUUGUGUGAUGUUGUUACUAAAUAAAUGUAAUCGUGUUGUUUUUGAUUUUUUUUAUGCUUUAUGUUUUGGUUUGUGUGAUAAAUAUAAGCUUUUUAUGCUCCAUUAUAUGGGACAUAAAUAGUUUAUUGUUUUGAAUAAGUG